GAAACUUAAAACCCUAAUUCCCUUCAGCUUCCCCUCUUAUAUUUUUUCCGCUGCAAGCAUAACAUUGCUCACUUGCCGCACUCGAGUCGUCUCCGCUCCAAAUCUUCAAGGUUCGUAGCAAGAAGAAUCAGCAAGGAUGGGUCGUGUACGCACCAAGACCGUGAAGAAGUCUUCUAGACAGGUAAUUGAGAGGUACUACUCAAAGAUGACCUUGGAUUUCCACACCAACAAAAAGAUCUUGGAGGAAGUUGCCAUAAUUCCUUCAAAGCGUCUCCGCAACAAGAUUGCUGGGUUCUCCACCCACCUUAUGAAGCGCAUUCAGAAGGGGCCUGUUAGAGGCAUCUCCCUGAAAUUGCAAGAGGAGGAGCGUGAGAGACGUAUGGACUUUGUUCCUGAUGAGUCUGCCAUUAAGACUGAUUUGAUUGAGGUCGACAAGGAGACCCUUGACAUGCUUUCAGCUCUUGGCAUGUCUGACCUUCCCGGUGUUGUCAAGCAGGCUGCAGAACCACAGGUAGUGGCAGCUCUCCCAACCUAUGGUCGUGGUGCUGGUGGUUUUGGCGGCAGGAAAUACUAAGAACAGAUUAUAAGACCUCAUGAACAAUUCUAAGCUGAACCUUUUUGGUAGGUUUCAAUCUUUAAAAAACGCUGAAACUUUUGGUAGAUUACAUGUGUUAGAUCUCCCUAUUCUGUUCAAGGAUUAUUAGAAGCCAACCUCAUUUUGUUUAUGUUUUGAGAGAUGAUAAACUCACUGUUCCUGAAUCUUGGUUCUAAAUGCAUGUGAUUUAUUUUCCUUAAUUACA